UGCGUACGAACAUUCCCCACUUGAAAGCGACCCCGCUAAAUAAACUUCCAGAAUGGCAGGGAGUCAAAUGUUUAUAUGGACAGACGACGAGGUUCAGCUGUUGCUUGAGGUGACUUUGAAUUAUAAAACCACCAAAAGUCAAGAGAACGUCGACUGGGAGUCGUGCCAGUCGAAAUACGCGGAUAUUUACAAAGAUUACUUGGAGCAGUAUCCGGUAAAUGGGGUAGCAGAGGGCAAAGACUUCCCUCACGGGAAGAGCGCCAUAACAAAGGCCCAGGUGAUCUCCAAGCUCAAAGCAGUCCGGGGGAAGUACAAGCAGGCUUUGGACUCUGGACGUCGCAGGGGGCAUGGACGGGUCGUGUUAAUUUUCUUCGAGUUGUGUGAGGAAAUAUGGGGGUGUUCGCCCCUGGAAGUCGGCAUCGAAACCACUGAUUUAAAGCCCCCCAUCGAGGACACAACCCCUUCGGACUCCCAGAGUUCCAAACCGCACUCGGAACCGAGCGAGGAGCCCACAGUUGUAAAGCCCCGCAGGGAAAUGCUUCAAAGAAAGGUGGGAUACCACAGACCAGACAAGUCGAAAAGGAGGCUCAACAUUGAUCCUGCAGUACAGGAGGACCUCCAAAUAAAAAGAAGAAUGGUGGACCUCCUGGAGGAGUCUGGCAGGCGUACUGCAGAAACGAUGGAUAAAAUUACCAAGAACAUGGAAAAUAUGACAAACUGUAUCAAAGAGGGCAUCGGCCUUCUUGCCCGAAUGAUGACCCAACCUCAGCAACCAGGGACCGGGUUAUUUCACAAUCACCAGCAGUUUUCUCAAAAUGCCUCGUCCCAAAGUCAAUUAAACACGCUCGAAAUAAAGCUUGAAGACGUUCUCAAGGAAGACAUUAAUUUGUGAAGAACUGUUUUUAAGAAGGAAAUUCUUUAGCUGCUGCGAUAGACUGGCGACCUGUCCAGGGUGUAGCCCGCCUCUCGCCCAUUGACAGCUGGAGAUAGACACCAGCAACCAUCACGACCCCACAAGGGAUAGAUGUGUUGGAAAAUGGAUGGAUGGAUAAUUCUUUAGCUGGUCUUAUGCUUUGGUUUUGUCCCUUUUCAAUUAUUCUCUUGGACUGGAUUAACAGGAUCUCUUUUUUGGUGCUUUGCCUGUCCUUUAAUGGACUAUUUGGUAUAUAUGUACAUAGAUGUAUUUACUUCAAUUAAACCAAAAAAAAAAAAAUCAAA